CCAUAUUCGAUGACGUACUCCGCUGCUUCUACAGGAGGAUCUCAUGAUCGUACUGAGAGUGGCGAUGCUUCCGGUACAGUGAUGGGUUCUUACAGCUUGACCCAUGCAGGUGGAAGCCGACGAAAGGUUGACUACAGUGCUGGUGGUGCAGGAUUUAAAGCCACUGUCUACACCAACGAACAAGGAUUGGUCCCAGGAGAAGAUCCCGCCGAUAUUUCCAUUCUUGCUCUUGCAGGAGCCGCUGAACCUUUUGGUGCUGCAGGUGGCGCUGGUGGACCUUCUGGAGGAGCUUAUGCACCCUUCAACUUCAUGUACAGUGCUGCUGCAGGAGGUGGAUCCAGCUCCAGAUCAGAAAGUGGUGACGUCUCCGGAAACGUGGUGGGUUCAUACAGCGUGGAGGACCCUGAUGGACGUCGCAGAAAAGUAGACUACACUGCUGGUUCUGAAGGAUUCAAAGCAAAUAUUCAAAGUAAUGAACCUGGUGUGGAACCUGGUAGUAACCCUGCUGAUGUAGAAAUCAAUGCUUAUGCAGGACUUCCAAUGAUUCCUGCUGGUGGCCCUGCUGAUGCCCCUGCUGCUGGAGCUCCUGCUGCUGGUGCCCCUGGAGAUGCGGGCGUAGGUGGAGCAGUAAGUACACGUUACAUAAAAUAA